AUGAAAUAUCCUCAAAAGGCGGUCCCCAUGAAGAAGAGGAAGUUUACUGAGGAAGAUGCGUUGGAGAUCUCGGGGUUCUCUGCCCAUCUCCUGACUGAUCUACAACAUCAUUACAUCUCGGAGGUCUCCGCUGACGGGACUUUAUUGUCAGAAGAUCUAUUUCUGGCAGACGACUGUGUUGCCAUUCUGGCAUCCUUGGAUCACAUUACAAAUGUCAAGGACCUUCGGACGGUGAUAGGUGGCGACUGCUUUGAGGGCCAAUCAGAAUGGCUUUUUCAAUGGCUUAUGAAUUACAAAUCCUCGGGUUCUUUUCAUAACAAUACAAUGCCUGCGGCUUGCCCUCAGAAGAAGCGUAAGAGUGCGCAAGCCGUGACCAAAUCAAUCAGUCAGAUAGCGCUGGGAGUUGGGCUGCCUCCAAGGCCACCAACAAAGAAGGCGCUUGCGGCCGAGGAUUCUCGCAUACGAUCUCUUGAGCGGAAGGAAGCAAAGGAAAAGAAGGCAGCAGAUCUUAUUCGCAGGCGACAACAAAUAUCUCGGAUAAUCUUAGAUACAAAAGCUAGUCAUGGGAUAUGA